UCUCCACCAGGAUGAAGGAGCCUCCCACAUGAAGCUGGGGCCAGGAAAUUGUGGUUGCCUAGCAAGUUUUACCUCCACGGUGCAAAGUUUCAAGACGUGUUGCUCGGCUGCUGUCUGUCUUUGCUGUAAACUACAAACUCGCAGCAACUACUUUUAAAUACAUUUUCCCCGUCGAGGUCCAGGUGGCAACAUUGACGGUGCAAGAUGUCUGUCGCAGGAUUAAGGAAGCAAUUUUACAAAGCGAGUCAGCUGGUGAGUGAGAAGGUUGGAGGUGCAGAGGGAACCAAACUGGAUGAAGACUUCAAGGACCUCGAGAGGAGAGCAGAUGUUACCAGCAAAGCGGUGGUGGAAGUCAUCAGUAAAACAUCGGAGUACCUCCAGCCCAACCCGGCAACGAGAGCUAAGCUGUCCAUGCUCAACACAGUGUCCAAAAUGCGUGGGCAGGUCAAGAGUCCGGGCUACCCUCAGCCUGAGGGCCUCCUGGGGGAGUGCAUGACUAAGUAUGGACGGGAUAUGGGCGAGGACACCAGUUUUGGUGGGGCUCUAACAGACAUUGGGGAGUCAAUGAAGAGGAUGGCCGAGAUCAAAGACUCUCUGGAUAUUGAUGUAAAGCAGAACUUUAUUGACCCGCUGCAGGCAGUCGCUGAGAAGGAUAUCAAAGACAUUCAGUACCACCUGAAGAAGCUAGAGGGCCGCCGUCUGGACUAUGAUUAUAAGAAGAAACGUCAAGGUAAAAUCCAAGAUGACGAGAUCAGGCAGGCCCUGGAGAAGUUCCACGAGUCCAAAGAAAUGGCUGAAGGCUCCAUGUACAACCUGCUGGAAACAGAUGUGGAGCAGGUGAGUCAGCUGUCUUCUUUUGUGGAGUCUCUGCUGCAGUACCACAGACAGGCCACACAGGUCCUGGAGGAGCUUUCUGACAAACUGAGAGAAAGGGUGAAUGACGCUCAGUCUCGUCCAAGGCGCGAAUACACACCCAAACCCAGACCAUCCUAUGACUAUGGAGAGGUAGAAAACUCUAACGGAGGAUACUCACCAGCUGCAACAACCCCUCCAGCUUACUCUCCUGGUCCAUCCUUCCAAAGAACGUCAAUCAAGAGCAGACGGCCUGAGCCAUGCUGUAAAGCACUGUAUGACUUUGAGCCAGAGAACGAGGGAGAGCUGGGCUUCCACGAGGGUGACAUCAUCACCUUGGUCAAUCAAAUCGAUGAGAACUGGUUCGAGGGAGCCAUUCGCGGAAAAUCGGGAUACUUCCCCAACAACUAUGUUGAAGUGGUGGUGCCUCUGCCACACUAAAAAAAACAGCAAGGCAAGAGGUGAACAGCACGAUGGAGAGGAUGAGAAGGGGGGAUGGUAGUGGAUGAUCAACUCUCAAUAACCAAAAUAUAUCUUUUUCUUUAUUGCAAUUUAAGACUAAACAUAUCAAGACAGGAACCUAAUUUGUACCUAGGAGUUAUUUGAGUAAAGAGAUUUUUUUUUUUAUACUGUCAGAUUAAAAGAUGUAAUGGAUUUUUAAAAACAGUAUGGACAGGGGGAUGUUCAGUCAGAAAAAUGACAGUGUAAUAUUUAAGUAUUUACUUUCAUUCUCUAUGCACCUGUGCACUUUGUACACUACACAUUCAUCACAAGAACUGAUGAAGAAAGACCAAGAGAGAAUGACAUCUGUAAUGACAUGUCCAGCAGUAUCCACAAACACUAAGAAGUGCAACUAGUUUAUUCUUAUAUUCUAAACCUAUUUUAUAUUCACAAGAUGACCUUUCUUGCUCUGUGUAUUGUUCAUAUGUUACUGCACACAUGCAUGUAUACACAUGCAUUCUUCCAAGCACUGUUUUCUACACUCCCAGUUUUCACUUCUGUGCCUUCAGGCUUUAGUACUGUUGUCAGCAUGGACCGGUUAGAGUCAACAUGGAGGACUGGCUGCCUUCUGUCCAUGAGACUAUCCUCCACUGCCAUCUGGUGGUCAUCUAGAGAUCAUUCUUAGCUAUUUGCACCGUCAUACGGCCUUUAUUAUCUCUUACCAAAUCCACGUUGGUUGGCUUGUCUUAUGUUUAGGUGUGGAUUUGUUUUUUCUUCCUAAUAUAGAUAUAGAAAACUUUAAAAAUGACUGGAGCCAGUCAGCAUGUUUACAUUGACUGGCAGCUGUAUUAAAUGUUUUUUCAUUCUUACACCACCGCUGAUGAGAGAAACUGGCAGUUUUACAAACGGCAGUUCAUUGGAUACCAAAACAGUUGUUUUAUAGCGGAGUCUAAAGAAUUGGAGGGCGUCCAUAAAUAUGCUUAGUUUUAUAACCUUUAUCACACUAUUUGUUGCUACGUUGUACAUUUUUUAUUUUACAGACAGCCCUUCCAAUGUUUCUCACUGCACUCCACUCACUCCUCUUAGAGCUGAUUCCCACAUUGGACGAGACUGACGUUUGUCAUUAAAAGAAAACGUUUGUCAUUAAAAGAAAACACAUUUCAUACAGCCAGAUGUGGGCAAAUAUGCAACAUGAAGUUAAAUGUUUUUAGCCUUACGAAAAUGUUUACUUCACGUUACUUCACAAAAGAAAAGCAGACAUUUGUUUCCACAAGAGUGCAACCCACAACAAUGUAACAUGAUUCAGCCCCAUCCCAAAUAUUUUGUAGCACUACACUAAAGCCAUAAGCCUAAGCGUCCUUCAGUUCCUCUAUUUUCUCAGGCUGUAUUGAUACUGCUGGCAGUGUCACUCACAAUGUUUUGUGGGCUUUUCCCAACUGUUUGUUGAUGAAUUUUCAGUCUGUGAUUUGUUUUCCCCCAUCGUGCUGGGUUAAGCUUGGCUUUAGUACUCUAACCUAUAAUUUGGAGCAUGGAAAUUUUUCUGAUGCGUAUUGGGUGUUUUUGUACCUGCCUCAGUUUUCAGGCUGAAACUGCGCACCGGACCGGACAGACAAUGCUCCAUAACUAUCUCCAAACUAUUGUGGACAGAAUUUACUUACAAUGAGGAAGGCCUGUGCACAAUAGGUGGUUUCAGUUUCAAUUAAGUCUUUUAAAAGCUGACUACGAACUGUGAGGGUUUUUGCUGUUCACUGAAAUACCAACUUUCUCCUCUUGUCAUGAUCCCCUUGUUAGACCGCCCCCCACCCAAUUCAUCUCUCCCAUCUCUGUUAAAACUGGGAGUGGAACAGACAGGUCUUUUCAGCAGGGAAGGGCACACAGCAGUGGAUUAUGCCCUCCCUCCCCCACUGGUCUUUAUUCACCACCUGCCCCUGUACCCCUACCCCCUCUCUCAUUAUCUGCCCCAUCCCAUGGUGCCUCUGGAGUCUCCUGGAAUAUCUAUCUAAUUUUUAUCAUAGUAUGUGCCUUCUAAAUGUUAUGUUUGCAUGUCUCCUAUGUUAUUGAUGUUAUGUAUAGGGCCAGGGUACCUGUAUUUGGCUGUGCUGAGUAGUAACUGUGUAGUUCAGUGUGGGUUUACAAGCCUUUUACACUAAAUCAAAAGCCCAGAGUUUGAGGGGGGAGAACAGGGUCAGGGGUUCAGGUUGAGCCAUUAUUCAGCUUGUAUAAUAUUGGUGAUGAAUAUGUUGUCGAACAGAGGGCUAACAUUUUUUGUGUGCCGCUGCUGACAUCUGAAAUAGUUGUCUGAAUGCUGCAGCUGACAUUUAUUACAACACUACAUUCUGUGAUGGCUCAUAUUGCAUCCAUAUGUGUCUCAACUUUGCAAUGUUGAUGAAGUAUUAUUAGACUUUAAAGCUUUAUUUUAUUAUGUACAAUCUUAAUGGAAUUUUCUGUGUUAAAAUAUAACUGCUUUGCAUGUGUCUUCAUUACAGAUGCUGUGUCUUACGCAAUGCAUUAUUUUUGUAACUGUGACACUGUGGGGAGACAAAGUGGGAUUAUCCUGGAUUAUCUUUAGGAUAUAUGGACUACAUCUGUACUAAGUGUAAUAUUCUGUGUCUUGUAUAUAUUUGUUACUAUGUAAAUGGAUGCUGCAUUCGCUUCUUUAAAUAAAUAUUAAGUAAUUUCGC